UGGACAUUUUGAUUUUUAUCGCAAUUUUGAGGAAACCGGUUUGUUGUGCCACGCGUUGUCAUGGUUAAAUCGAUCGUGGUAUUAUAUCACUUUACCGCCGCAGUAUAUCUAUCUCUCCGUUGCUACUCUUUGCGCCGAGACUCGCGGGAUUCACGAAAUUGACGUACUAAUGUAAAAACAAAAAAGAUACACGAUGGUAAUUUGAGCUGAGUUGACUUUGUCAAGACAAAUUCCAAGAUCAGGCCGCGAUGACGUUGGCGCUAUCGAGGGUAGAUUACACGACGGUGGGAGUCACCUCACGUGGCACAACCAUCAUAUUUCCGCCUAACGAGGCAACGAGGCAACCGCAAAAAUUCGCCGUUGCAGAUCACGACGGCGUGCUGCAUAUUUAUGGCAUGAAAAGGGGGGAGCUGCAAUUGUCGUUUAAAUCCUUGCCCGGCCCAAAAAUCCAGAGAAUAGUCCUUGGUGGCUCGAUAGGUAUGGUGAAGGACAAGAUUUUCAUUGCGUAUGGUAGCUCCGUGAAGGGAUUCACGAGAAAGGGCAAGCUGUUCUUAGAGUUCGAUACCAGCCUUAUAGAUCCCAUUUCCGCGAUGUACGUCCUCGGUCCUGAUCUCGCGGCGUGCGCGCGUGAUCUUUAUCACCGAUACCGAGACUGCAAGGACGCCGAUUCGUAUUUGACUGGAGAAACCUUGCACGACGUCGUGCUCUUGCCCGGAGAUGGCAACGUGAUGUACGCUAUUCUAGCCUGUGCGGACUGUGCGGUGCGCGUUUUGCAUGGCACAAGUAGUCCAACAGUCCUAAGAUUGCCGAGCGCUCCUACGGUGCUUUCCAUAUACAGAGAGGGAGAGAUAUACUCGAGGGACCGCGUCUUGGUCGGUACCGCGGACGGUAGAGUCGGACUACUGAUCCUCCAGGGCAACAAGACCCUCCGAGUCACCUGGCUGCUGACUUCGACGGGCUCGGAAAUCACCUCGUUGGAUACUCAUCAGUUACAAGACGGUAUAGAUAUCCUCAUUGGUCGACAAGACGGAGGCGUCGAGGUGUACACGUUUCCCGACGAGGACGUAUCGUCCACUCUGCGUUAUCACUACAACGCCGGUGAAAGCAUUAGUACAGUCGUGGGCGGAAUAAUCGGCGUCGCCAAUUACCCUGAGGUUCUCGUCACGACUUACUCGGGCCGAGUAUUCGGAUUGACCACCAGUCCUCCUGGUCUGCUAGAAGCGGGACAGAGCGACGUCGGAUUGGCCAGGCUGAAGUUGGAGAUACAACAACUGCAGGAGAAGCUCAACGAGGAGAAGGAGUCGUCCAAUUUCAUGCCGGACCCUCUGGCACCUUUGAUAUUGGCAGUGAAUCAUAAAAUGGUGCUGCACAAAGAAGACGCUUCGUAUUGCCUGUCCGUAGAACUAGACGCGUCAAUCGACAAUAUUCUAAUACAAUCCGAUACGCCCGUCGACCUGCUGGAGACGGAGAGCAAUAGCGCGGUGGUCAGCUUGUCCGCUUGCGAUCCUAGAGAGGGCAAUUUUGUUCUUGCCACUUAUCGAUGCCAAAUCAAUACGAAUCGUCUGGAAAUGCGACUGAGAUCCAUCGAGGGUCAGGCGGGUACCUUGCAGAUCUACGUAACGUCUCAGAUACAGCCGAAGCGUUGCCGUAAAAUCUCAGUUCCUAUUUACGCCUUAUCUCUGCACGUCAGGCAACACGAUGAUGAUGACACCGCGUCCAGUGGUCCGUUUAAUGAAUUGAAACUAAACGGCAAUUUCACUAUUGCCGAGAUGCACGCGUGGCUCUCUUUAGCGUUGCCCGAUGUGCCCGAAAGACCUCAUAUCCACGAGGGUGAAGCUGUUUUAGUGUAUAUCUCGUCCUUCAUCGGAACGGUCCUCAAAUGCAAAUACAAGAAAGGGAGCGCGCUUUUUCUCGGCGAGAAUAUAUCCACCAUCAUAAUUCUCCGAGAUAUCUUGACGAAGGAAGCGACGAAACGAAAGAUGAAGCUAGACGUGUUCUGCGAAGUAGCAGAGGGAAGUGUAUCUAGAGUCUUGGAAUUAAUUCUCCCGCGGCUGAACGCGGCCUACGAUUUAAUUCAGAAGAUAAAAAUUCUGGACGCUCUCGGAGAAUGGGAACUCCAAUCCAAUCCGAGGGAGAACUUAUGUUCCGAGUACCAAGAGCUGUUGGAGAAGGAGACGGAGAUUAGAUCGCUCAUGGCGAAGGACACCGAAAUCCUGAACAGACUGCACGCUAUCAUUACCGACUUAUACGUAGAUUGGGAACGAGCAAAGCGAUCUCGAAGGAUUAGUAGCAUUGAGGCUACGGCGAAGUUAAAAGAUGCCCUCGAAUCCAGGGAUUUGGCUACCAUCUUGCAAAUUUUCAUCGGUAAAGCCGACGUAAGCGUGCCGACUCUAAUACCCGCUGCUAUUUAGAUUCGGAGAUUGCGAAUGAAGUGGACCAAUGUAUUUCUAUAAACACGUUGAAGUAAAAAAUAUAUUUCUUAACGUCAAUUCACGAUAUAUAUAAACCGCUAAAUUGUACAAUUACACUAUUGUACAAUCCUAAGUUUUAAAAAUGUACAAUAUUACGAUUAAUGUUAAUUACAGUAUAAUGCGCAUUUUUGUGUGUGUGUAUGUAUAUAUAUAUAUGAUAUUGUUUCUUCAUGAAUCUUGGAACUAUUGCAAUACAAUUUAGUUCUCUACUCAACCUCAUACAAAUUACUUACU